AUGCAGAUCCAGAACUUCCGGGCGCCGUUGACUGCGGAACAGAUCACUCGGAGCCUCGAGGCCUACUUACUGUGGCUUUUCGGCAAGGUGAUGUUCACGGAGAACCAUGUCACCACUAUUAGCGCCCUCUACAUCCCUAUGGCACUCGAGAUAGCGAGCGCUCAAACAGCGGAUCAGAUCAGACAGAGGAGUUGGGGUUCGGCGGUGUUAGCGGCUACAUACCGAGGUAUGUGCAACGGUUGCCAGCUUACAUCGAGAAAGCCAGCCCUUCUUGGAUGCCCUCUAUUCCUCCAGCUGUGGUCGUGGGAGAGGUUCUCUAUAGGGCGACCAGAUGUACGUGUUCAUGAGCCUAUAGACGCCAUGUUUGAUGUUGAUGGCAUCGACAUGCCUACUUUCGGUCUGUGUUGGACUCGUCGCAAGAGACGCUUUGCUAGUGAUCAGACCAGGAAGGCAUACACAGCAUUGAACGAGCAGUUCGAUGCGUACACCGGGGUCAUCUGGCAGCCCUACACGGAAGCAGCCAUACAAGAGAGAUACCCUGCUGGUAUGUCUGUGCUAUGCACAAGGGACCGAGAUUACUGGAUGACAAAAUCGAAGAUCAUCUUCGAUGUCUUCGUCGAGGAGAUGGCACAACAGAGGGUUAUGAGGCAAUUUGGUCUUCUGCAGUUGGAGCUACCUCCCCCUAUAGAGAACCCGGUGCCAUCACACAUCCACAGGACGACAAGGAAGGGCAUGAACAGGACAACUGCUGACUGGCUAGUUAGACUAGAGCCGUAUGUUAUAGAAUGGGAGACAGCAAACACAAAUCUAUGGCACGAGAAUCACAAUUUCGAUCUCGAUGAAUUCAAUCUCUAUUUGCGGCGCUACAUGACCGGAACACGGUUACGCAUUGUUGAGUACUCCCACCCAGAGGAGUUACCGGAUCCUACUCCGUCGGAUAUGUACCCGAGCUAUGAUACUUCGGGCUCUAGGCAGUACGCGGCUACCUUGACACGCGAACUGUACGACGACGUGACCACCUUUGGACGAUCACUAUCGUCUAGACCUCUUCUUCAUCAUCGUCCAGUGGUACAGCCCUUCUUGGAAAGAAUUCAGAAUAAGAUACGGACUGUGUACGAGGCUAUCACGUGCACCCGGAGAACCGAUGUUGUUCAGCACGAGCAGGAGCAGCCGCGUCACUCCAUGCACCGACAUCAACCACGUCCACGUCUAAUGGCUGAGGGUACUCAGUGGGUGCUUAGCCCUAUUGUUCAUGUCCAAGGCUUGUCUCCAAGUGUUGUGCAAGUUAGUGAAGUGGACCUCACUUUUGAUUGGUUGAAGACUAAAUUCAUGUUGAAGCAAGGGUUGAAGGAAGACGAUUUUGUGUACUACGUCAGCAGGAAGCAUUCAGAUGGCCCUGGGGAAAGAAAAUUGAUUGACAUAACUGAUGAUGGCAAGAUUCAAGAAAUGUUGAGCGAAUGGGAAUGGAAAAGGGUUGUUCAGUUGCAUUGCUACAGGAAACCGAGUUAUAUGUGA